AUGCAAUUCACCACUAUCUCCAUGGCCCUUUUGGCCGGAGUGGCUUCCGCGACUCAAGGUCACUACCACCCAAAGCGUGUCAGCAACGGUACCAUCUCCGCUACUGAUGCCGGACAAACCACCUUGACUGUCUUCGCAACCACCAUCCGAACCAUCACUUCAUGCGAGGCAUCCAUUACCAAUUGCCCAGCUCGAGCCACAUCCUCCGUGGCAGGUGUUUCGACCCCCGCGGUCAUUAUCGUCACCGAUACCGUUACGUUGGCAACAACCGUUUGCCCAGUCGCCGAAGCCGAAUCUGCUAGUUCUGUUAUCACGAGCAAGCAUUUGACAUCUGCCCUCGCAUCUCUCUCAUCGGAGAUCGCAAAGGCUGCCAGUGGUGGUUCUUUCUACGGUGCUACCACCACUUCAGCACUUCCAGCUUCUUCGAGUGCUCUUGGUGUUUCUACUAGCUCAGCUGCUUCUGGUUCGGCCCCUCUUCCAACAGGUGCUCUUGCAUCUUCAUCUGCUCUUGGUCUUGAAGUCAGUUCGUCCGCUGCCGGAGUCGUCCCAUCGGGUGUCGCUGCUCCAUCAGGAUCUUCUCCAUCUGGUGUAGUUUCCGUUCCAGUUGCAUCUGCCUCUGUUCCAGGAGAAUCUGCAUCUGUUCCAGCAGGAUCCGCAUCUGCCCCAGCUUCCGCUUCAAGCGCAGCAGGUCUUGAGACCAGCUCAGUUGUUCCAGGUGUUGCCGCUCCAUCUGGAUCUUCCCCAUCAUCAGUUGUUGUUCCUCACGGAACUGGUGUCGUUUCCGCAGUUCAAACUGUUACCGCCAACGCUAGCCACACUUUAACCUACACUCUCGGAUCCGGUUCAUCGACCACCGUUGUCACCACUACCAUUUUUGAGACUUCCGCUUCUACUGUCUACGCCACCAUUACUCCAACUCUGACUGUUGCUGCAUCAUCUGAGGCUGGUGUCGUUUCUGCUGGUGCAUCCACAACCUCCGAAACCACCACCGUUUACGGUACAUCGACCUCUACCCGCUACGUCACCGUCUCAGCAGUUGCUGCUACUGGUGUCUCUGGUGUAGUUUCCGCCGUUGCAUCUGGUGCUGGAUCAGCUUCCCCAUCUGCCACCGCUGGGUCAUCUUCCGGAAUUACCUCUGGAUCUGGCUCUGGUUCGUCUGAUAACUCUGGAUCUGGUUCAUCUGGAUCCGAGACUUGUGCUUGUGUUGACGCCGCUACUGUUACCGUUACCGCCACUGUUGCUGCUCAAACCGUCACCGUCACCGCUGGAUCUGAUGCUGCCCCCCAAACUGUCACUGUUACCGCUGCAUCUGAGGCCACUGGUGCCAUCUCUGGUAUCCAAACCGCCAUUAUCUCCACCUCUGAUGUCGCAGGAGCUUCUGCCACUGAUGCUUCCAUCAUCAUCAGCACCGCCACUGUUAUCCCAAUCCCAGCAACCACCGCCGCCAUCACAUCCGUUCCAUUCUACGGUAACGGAACUGACGUCACUUCCACCAAGAAGUCCAAGUGCGCAUCUUCUGGUUUCUUGACCAGCUUGGCCACUGGUGCUGCCAAACCAACUGGUGCUAAGCCAACUGGUUACUAA